GAUGACCCACAACAGCAAGCCACUCUUGGCUAGACAGGUGGUGGUCACUUGGCAUUGCUGCGGUCUAGGUCGUGACGAGCCAUUGAAAGCAACCAUAGUAUCGUGUUCCAGCGGAAUAAGCUUCGAAUCGUCGAAAAACAGCUUCGGCAUUUUCAGUGCGACCGUAUCUAUUUCCAGUCUCGGUUGACCGUAUUUUUUUUUCUAGUCUAGCAGGCAAACCACGCUAAAAACAAAAUGGGAGCGUGUCUUUCCACGUGCCUCGGCUCUCCAGCCGACAAGCCAGCGAAGGGUAAAGCUGAGGAACAGAUUCAGAAGCAUCCUGUCACCGGCGGUAGUAGAACCGGCGACGAUAAUUGCGACGGAGCGAGGCUACAAAACGCUAAGUACCCGAAAGACGAUAAGAGCAUUCCCAUAGGCCUGAGGACCGACUUCGGAUAUAAGCGCGACUUCGAUAAGCAUUAUAAGACGGGGAAGGAGCUCGGACACGGGCAAUUCGGGACGACUUAUGAGUCGAUACAGCUGGAGACAGACAACCGCGUGGCCGUGAAGGCGAUUCAAAAGAAAUCGAUGAAGCAGCCAAUCGCGGUGGAGGACGUGGAGCGGGAGGUGAAGAUCCUGCAGCUGCUGUCGGGCCAUCCGAACGUGGUGCAGUUCAUUGACGUCUUCGAAGACACGGAGCAAGUCUACAUCGCCAUGGAGCUGUGUGAAGGAGGAGAGCUGCUUGACAGGAUCCUGGGCAAGAAGGACAACCGGUACUCAGAGAAGGACGCAGCGAGCGUGGUGCGGCAGAUGCUCAACGUGGUGGCCAGGUGCCACCUCAACGGGGUCGUGCACCGCGAUCUCAAGCCCGAGAACUUUCUCUUCGCCAGCAAGGCCGAGGAUUCGCCGCUCAAGGCCACCGACUUUGGCCUUUCAGACUUCAGAAAGCCAGGCAAGCACUUCACAGACGUGGUGGGCAGUGCGUACUACGUGGCUCCAGAGGUGCUCAAGCGGCGGUCCGGCCCUGAGAGCGACGUGUGGAGCAUCGGCGUCAUCACCUAUAUUCUGCUGUCCGGGCGACGCCCGUUCUGGGAUAAAACGGAGGCCGGGAUAUUCAAUGAGGUGCUGAAGAAGAAGCCCGAUUUCAAGGAGAAGCCUUGGCCUCAGAUCUCCUCCAGCGCCAAGGACUUCGUCAAGAAGCUUCUCAAGAAGGACCCGCGCGCCCGCCCCACUGCCGCCCAGGCAUUGUCCCACCCCUGGGUGAAGGAGGGCGGCAACGCGUCCUCCAUCCCUCUCGACAUCGCUGUGCUCUCCAACAUGCGCGAGUUUGUCAAGUACUCACGGCUGAAACAGAUGGCGCUCAAGGCGCUGGCCACCACUCUGGAGGACGCGGAGGUGCACCAGCUGAGGGACCAGUUCAACGCCAUGGAUAUCAAUGGAGAUGGCACCAUCACCAUCGACGAGAUCAGACACGCGCUCAAUAAGGACCUUCCGUACGAGGUCAAGGAGUCCAAAGUCGUGCAGAUACUGCAAGCUAUGGAUACCAACUGUGAUGGCAUCAUUGAUUUCGAUGAGUUCGUAGCAGCAACUCUGCACGUGCAACAGCUGGAGGAGGCGGACUCAGCCAAGUGGGAGGAGCGGUCCAAGGCGGCUUUCCAGCACUUCGACACGGAUGGGGAUGGAUUCAUCGAUGCAGAGGAGCUCAGAGUGGCUGCGCAAGUGAAGGGGUCGUUGGGGCGAUUGAUAGAUGAGGGGGACGUGGACGGGGAUGGCCGCAUCAGCUUGCCGGAGUUUCAGAAGCUUCUUCGCUGCGCCAGCAUUAACUCUCGCACUAACACUACCUCGCGAUCACGGGGGCGAUCUGGAUUCGGAUCGAUUGUUGAGUAGCUCUUUCUGCUUUUGCAACCUUUCUUGGGUAGGCAGUGCUCCGUCAGAUCCAUGGUACCAUGAGGGCUGCGGGUUUUGUAUUGAUGUGGGGCCAACCAGAUCUAUUUCAUGCCAUGUGCUGGUAUUUAUCUACUGCUUUACAUUCUAGGGUUGUGAACAACUUUUGAAGCUAACCAUCAGUUGACUUGUACCGUACAGUACCUAAUGUGAACUUUGAAAGCAUU